AUGGCAAAGGAUAAAGGUCAAAGUGUAGAACCUAGACAAGUUAGUAAGGAAAUUUUAAGGUGGACAGAUGAUAUGGAUCAAAUAUUGUUGAAUGCUUUGAUGGAAGAAGCAAACAAAGGGAAUAGGCAUGAUGGUGCAUGGACAAUAGAAGCAUACUCCAAUGUCGUAGAUGCUUUACGGUCUCUCGUUGCUCCAACCAUGACAAAGCAACAUAUAAAAAAUAGAAUGAAAACUUUGAAAGAUCAUUUUGCUGAAUCAUAUGAUCUAUUUGGUAGCUUAAGUGGAUUUGAAUGGAAUCCAACAACAAGGAGGUUCGAGGCCGAGAACGAAGAAAAACCACAUGCUGCAAAGUGGAAAACCAUGCAAAUUAAGCAUUAUGGUGUUUUGAAGGAGCUUUUUGGCCUAGACCGAGCAGUGGGAAAAAAUCCUCUACUAAUAGAAUGA